AUGCAUACAGCGGUCGUUUCUCAUGGUGAUGUGGAUGAAGGACCAACUGAGACGUACGGGCAGGGUAAGCUGCUUCUUCGCAUUGGCAACGGCGGAGCAGGAGCUCUUGGUCUCAUACGCGCCUUAGCAGAUGAUUAUUUGGAUACUUUACCCUCGCCCUUCUCGAUAACAUGGACGUGCAAUCACUCGCGCAACACGCAGCUGGCGCUCCUGCACGACCAUAUCGACCUCGCACUGACGUAUGAGCGAGACCAGGAAGAGCUCGCUGCGAAGGAAGGCUGGUCUGUUACUGUGGGAUGUGUGUUCCAUGAUCAUUUUGUACUCGCAGGACCAGUCGCGGACCCAGCAGGUAUUCGUCACGCGCGAAAUGUCAAAGAAGGCAUGCAACGUAUUGAAGAAGCGCAGUGUCUGUUUCAUGCUCGCGCUGACGCCUCGGCAACCAUGUGGAAAGAGCGUGCGUUGUGGGCGGCGGCUCGUAUGAAGCCAUGGGAAGAUGAGGAAGCGGCGAGGUGGUACAAGACUUCUCUAUUGAACCCCGCUGAUGCCUUGAAGAGUGCGGACAAGGCAGGCGCCUAUUUAAUCACUGAUCGCUCAACAUUAUUGGGGCAGACAGGUCUGCGAACUAUCAGCAAGACAACGGUGUUCUUUGAGCCUGAGGAAGAGAACGAUGUGUUGAUGAACAGUUGCUAUGCUUCGUACAAGUACGGUGCGGCUGCAGACAGAGCUAAGGCUGUGAACGAAUUUCUGGAUUAUGCGAGGUCGAAGAGGGGACAGAAAGUGAUGAGCGAUUUUGGUACGGCCGAAGUGGGAGUCCCGUUGUUUGCAACGCUGGACGAAGGAUUUGCAAGAACGAAGUUGACGGAUGGGUUACCUAGGGGUGGCAGGUGGAUAGGAACUUCGAGUUUGUGA